CAGUCACAUCUAUGGUCGCAAGAUCUUUGGAGUGUUUUGGUUUGUCGUGUGCGGUAUGUUGUAAUGCGUAUUUUCCUUGUGUAUCAUCGUUUAGAAAAGUAAUGCAUAAAGGUAUUCGAAGCAUCAUGGUUGCUGCUUAGUGAAGUACAUUUAAUUUCUCGUUUCAUCUGUUGGGAGGAGAAGUUUAGUUACUAUGGCUGGUGAUGAAGAUGAAGAGAUACCGAUCCAGAAGGGACCGAUUGACAACGCAUGGGCUAUGAAGAUACCAUCGUUUAAGAAAGAAGACAACCCUCACCGAUUGCUGGAAGAAAGUUCAUUUGCUACGUUAUUUCCGAAAUACAGAGAACAUUACUUAAGGGAAUGUUGGCCACUUGUGCAGAAAUCGUUGGACGAAUAUGGUAUCAAGGCUGAACUUGACCUUAUUGAGGGUAGUAUGACAGUAAGAACAACUCGACAUACUUGGGAUCCAUAUAUAAUAAUUAAAGCUAGAGAUAUGAUAAAGUUGCUAUCCCGCAGUGUACCAUAUGAGCAAGCAGUCCGUGUGCUUCAAGAUGACAUAGGUUCUGAUAUAAUAAAAAUUGGAUCAUUAGUAAGAAACAGAGAGAAAUUCGUUAAAAGGCGGCAGAGGCUAAUAGGUCCCGAUGGGUGCACUUUGAAAGCUAUUGAGCUACUAACUAACUGUUACGUUUUAGUUCAAGGGCAAACAGUUGCAGCCCUUGGACCUUAUAAAGGACUUCAACAAGUUCGCAGGAUUGCCGAAGAUACAAUGCGAAACAUUCACCCAGUUUAUAACAUUAAAGCGCUCAUGAUAAAGCGUGAACUCGCAAAGGAUCCCAAACUUAGAAAUGAGAACUGGGAAAGGUUUCUUCCAAAAUUCCAUAGCAAGAAUUUAAGCCACAGAAAGAAGCCAAAAAUAAAGAAGACUAAGAAGGAAUACACACCAUUCCCACCUCCGCAACCGGAGAGUAAAGUGGACAAAUUAUUAGCAUCAGGAGAAUACUUUCUAAAAGAAGAACAACGUCGUGCCAAGAAACGCAAGGAAAAAGACGAUAAGCAAGCAGAAGCUGCUAAACGACGUGAAGAAAAACGACAGAAAGUGUUUAUUCCUCCUGCUGAACCUGAAAGGAAGGAUGUGAAACCUCAUACAAGUACUGAUGUGGACAUUAAUGCUCUUAAAAAGAAAGUUAAGGAAGCACAGAAGAAAAACAAAAGUAAGCCACAGUUUGAUAUAAGACAGUAGUGCAGUGCACCUUAAAAGCUCCAGUCAGUCAGUUCAUUGUUCUGCUGUGACACCGAGUGACUUUUGUUAUAAAUUUAUGAAGAACUAUGUCAUGGCAGAUUUCACGCCAUAAUUUAUGCCAUUUGUAGCGGUGUGUGACAAAUGUACAAAUUUUGUUCUGUUUGAAAUGAUUUUCUGAUAAAGUGAAAAGGAAAAUUUGCAAUAAAUCUAGAUUUAUGUUGGUA